GAGCGCUAGAGGAUGAACUUGCGGUCUCUGGGGACCUGUGAGCGGUAAUACUAGCAUGAUGUUUGACGUACAGGGGAUGAGGUGCUGCCAUUGGAGAUGGAAGCCAAGCGUCCUUCUGCUUCUGUUUGCUUUAUGUAUUAUGUGUAUUCCUCCCUCAGUAUGGGGAUGUGGCAACUGCAGGAUGGUCCUAUCCAAGCCUUCUGGGACCUUUACUUCUCCAUGCUACCCUAACGACUAUCCUAACACACAGUCUUGCUCGUGGAUCAUCCGAGCUCCUACCGGCUACAUCAUUCAGAUAACGUUUAAUGACUUUGACAUUGAGGAAGCUCCCAGUUGCAUCUAUGACUCAUUGUCCCUUGGUAAAGGAGACAACUCGACAAAAUUUUGUGGAGCAACUGCCAAAGGCCUGUCAUUUAACUCAAGUGUGAAUGAGAUGUAUGUGUCUUUCUCAAGUGAUUUUAGUAUCCAGAAGAAAGGUUUCAAUGCCAGCUACAUCAGAGUUGCUGUGUCCUUACGGAAUCAAAAGGUCAUUUUACCUCAGGCAUUAGAUGCUUACCAGGUAUCAGUUGCAAAAAGUGUCUCCAUUCCUGAGCUCAGUGCAUUCACACUCUGCUUCGAAGGCUCCAAAGUUGUCAGUGAAGACGAUGACUGGAUAGCUUUUUCCUACUCAGAUGAGUCCCUCACACACUGGCUCAGUUUUGAAAAGGCCAACAAUGGCUACUUCCUGUCCAUUUCUGGCUCAAGAUGCUUGUUGAGCAGUGCAUUACCUGUGAAGGAAAAAGAAGACAUCUUCGCAGAAAACCUUGAGCAGCUCUGUCUGGUGUGGAGUAAUAUUCUGGGCUCUGUUGGUGUAAAUUUCAAAAAGAACUAUGAAAUAGUUCCAUGCGAUUCCACCAUCAGCACUGUCAUACCUGGGGAUGGGACUUUACUGUUGGGCUCUGACAGAGAUGAAAUCACCUCUCUAAAGGGCAGCAUCUAUAACUUUCGACUUUGGAAUUUUACGAUGGAUCUGAAAGCCCUCUCCAACCUCAGCUGUAGUAUGUCCGGGAAUGUGGUAGACUGGCACAAUGACUUUUGGAGCAUCCCAACCCAGGCUCUGAAAGCUGAGAACAACCUGAGCUGUGGUUCCUACCUGAUCCCAUUCCCUGCGGCAGAGCUGACUAACUGUUCAGAUCUGGGGACUCUCUGUCAAGAUGGAAUAAUGUAUAGAAUAUCUGUUGUGAUUUACAACAACCUUAACCACCCUGAAAUGAAAGUACAGAGCAAGGUGGCAGAAUGGCUCAAUUCAACUUUCCAGAAUUGGAACUAUACUGUUUAUGUGGUUAAUAUAAGUGUUCACCGGGGCAUGGGGGAGGACAGGAUUAAAGUCAAGAGAGACACUAUGGCUGAUGACAAAAGGUUGGUGCUGUGGGCCCUUCUAGUCUACAAUGACACCAAUAAUGUCAACCUGGAGGAAGAAAAGAUCGAACAGCAGCUUCUAACAAACAAUGCCUCGCUGGAGGAUGGCCUGAGCCUGUACAGAGUACAAGUGAAACCGCUGGGUAUGUGUAGUGCCUUGGUGGACCCUGAGGGCUUUAUCUGGCCAACCAGCUUACCUUCUGUCUACAAACAACCGUGUCCAAACAAGCCUGGCUUUUUUAUGACUCGGACAUGCCUUUCUAAUGCAACAUCAACCUUCUGGAGCCCCAUUGAUGCCACCAACUGUUCAAGACAAUCCAAUGAAGUGGCCAAUGAGAUAUUAAACUUAACUGGUGAUGGGCAGAACCUAACCUCAGCCAAUAUUAAUAGCAUUGUAGAACAGGUCAAAAGGAUUGUGAACAAAGAAGAAAAUAUUGAUAUAACACUUGGCUCAACUCUAAUGAAUAUAUUUUCUAAUAUUUUAAGCAGUUCAGAUAGUGAUUUGCUUGAAUCUUCUACUGAAGCUCUAAAAACAAUUGAUGAGCUAGCCUUCAAACUAGACCUGAAUAGCACCCCACACGUGAAUAUUGACACACAGAAUUUAGCUCUUGGAGUCUCAUCCCUGAUGCCAGGAGUGAAUGCACCUUCAAAUUUUAGCAUUGGCCUUCCAAGCAAUAAUGAAUCAUAUUUCCAGAUGGACUUUGAGAAUGGCCAGGCAGAUUCAUUGGCUUCUGUGAUUUUGCCUCCAAACCUGCUUGAGAAUCUAAGUCAAGAGGAUUCUGCGUUGGUCAGAAGAGCACAGUUCACUUUCUUCAACAAAACUGGACUUUUUCAGGAUGUUGGAUCUCAAGAAAAAAUCCUUGUGAGUUAUGUGAUGGCAUGCAGCAUUGGAAACAUUACUAUCCAGAAUCUAAAAGAGCCAGUUCAAAUAAGAAUUAAACACACCAAAACUCAGGAAGUACAUCGUCCUAUCUGUGCCUUCUGGGAUCUGAACAAAAACAAAAGUCUUGGAGGGUGGAGCACCUCCGGAUGUUCUGUGCGCUCCAACUCGGAGGCUGGGGAGACCAUCUGCCUGUGUAACCACCUCACUCACUUUGGAGUCCUGAUGGAUCUUCCAAGGAGUGCAUCACAAAUAGAUGGAAGAAACACAAAAGUCCUCACUUUCAUCACCUAUAUUGGGUGUGGGAUAUCUGCUAUUUUCUCAGCAGCAACUCUCCUGACAUACAUUGCUUUUGAGAAGCUGCGCAGGGAUUAUCCCUCCAAAAUUCUGAUGAACCUGAGUUCAGCCCUGCUCUUCCUGAAUCUCAUCUUUCUCCUGGAUGGCUGGAUCACUUCCUUCGGUGUGGCUGGACUCUGCACGGCUGUGGCUGCACUGCUGCACUUCUUCCUCCUGGCUACCUUCACCUGGAUGGGACUGGAAGCCAUCCACAUGUACAUAGCUCUUGUGAAAGUGUUUAACACCUACAUCCACCGCUACAUUCUAAAAUUCUGCAUCAUUGGCUGGGGUCUGCCAGCCUUGGUGGUGUCAGUUAUUCUGGUGAGCAGAAAACAAAAUGAGGUAUAUGGAAAAGAAAGUUAUGGGAAGGAGCAGGAUGAUGAAUUCUGCUGGAUUCAGGAUCCUGUGGUAUUUUAUGUGAGCUGUGCUGGGUACUUUGGAAUCAUGUUCUUCCUGAAUGUUGCCAUGUUCGUUGUGGUCAUGGUACAGAUCUGUGGGAGGAAUGGAAAGAGAAGCAACCGCACCCUGAGAGAAGAGGUUUUAAGGAACCUUCGAAGUGUGGUCAGCCUAACCUUCCUGCUGGGCAUGACAUGGGGUUUUGCUUUUUUUGCCUGGGGACCCUUAAAUAUCCCUUUCAUGUACCUCUUCUCUAUCUUCAAUUCAUUACAAGGUUUAUUUAUAUUCAUCUUCCACUGUGCAAUGAAAGAGAAUGUUCAGAAACAGUGGAGGCGUCAUCUCUGCUGUGGCAGAUUUCGGCUAGCAGACAACUCAGAUUGGAGUAAGACAGCUACCAAUAUCAUCAAGAAGAGCUCUGAUAACCUGGGGAAAUCAUUGUCUUCAAGUUCCAUUGGCUCCAAUUCAACAUAUCUCACGUCCAAAUCAAAAUCCAGCUCCACCACCUAUUUCAAAAGAAACAGCCACUCAGACAGCACUUCCAUGGACAAGUCCUUGUCAAAACUGACCCAUGCUGGUGGAGAACAGACAUCAAUCAUCCCCGUCCACCAGGUUAUUGAUAAGGUCAAGGGUUACUGUAAUGCUCAUUCAGAUAACUUCUAUAAAAAUAUUAUCCUGUCAGAUACUUUCAGCCACAGCACAAAGUUUUAAUGUCACCAAUAUGAGGAAAAAAAAAUAAAAAGGAAGCUCGUCUAGAGAACUGUGAAGAACUACAAGCAGCAAAAGCUAUGAACAGCUAAAGUCGGUGUGUUGUUCCCUAGGUAGCUGCAGAGCUUUGAGAACUGCCUCUUGUUAGGGAAGCUGCUGUGGGAUGCAGAAUUCUUCUUUUUGGAAUAUUUCUUCUGUGGAUGAGCUUCUGACAUCACACUUCAGAACUGAGAGCACGCUGAGCACUUCUAAGAGAUACGACUGUUUAGAAUGUAAUUGAAUCAAACUCAACAGAAUGAGGGGAAAGGCAUCAUGGAAGAAAAAAAAACCCAAGAACAAAUUCUACUUUAGAUCUCAUUUACCACACCUCAUAGUUAGGCUUGGAUGUGGCCUGACUCUUACAAAGAUGAUGUAGAAAACAGUAAUUGAUGUUUGUAGUGAUUGUGGAUGCUCACAGGUUUUGUUCCAAUGCUAUUUCUAUGAAUAUAGCAGCAUCUUUUUCUUUUUCAGUGAAAUUUCAACCAUAAGUAGAAAAGAAUGUUUAAUAUUUGACACACGUAUUAAACAUAUUUAACAUUCAUAAAAAUUGCAAGAAAGUAUUUGAAAAAUUUGAUCUGGCUAAUGUUGUGUAAGUUUUUAAUAUCUCAAGACAUACAACUGAAACAUCACCAUUGUCCCAUGCAUGUAAAAUCCAGUUGAAUAUGGACACUGAAUUAAAGUGGGCCUCCUGAGAUUUAAAAACAAGCAUCUCCUCCAUCUUCCUUCACUGGGAAAUCGGACCACAGGCUCAUUAGAGGAAUGAGAAUUUCACUGAAUGCACACUGUAUGUAAUGGCCUCUCACUGUUUAGAGGACACACUUUUGAGACUAAGUAGUCCUAUUCUUCCUUUAAUUAUUUUUAAGAUAUUUCAAAUCACAUAAACUUCAGAGAUCUCUGAGUCCUCCAAGUGAUAUUUUGUUCCAAGAGACAUACACUGAAACACACAGCUGUCUUGGUUAAUCACAAUAAUUUAUAAACAUAUAGGUCUACAACUGCUAGUCUAAAAACUAUUUGCACUGAGCCCUCCAUUCAGAGUGUGUAAGAGCCUAAGGAGGGCUGGCGAAAUAUACUACUUUAUAGUAUAAUAUUUAUGAACCAGACUGCAGCAUGCAAGUUAUGCAUAACACUAAGCAGCUUAUACUAUCCUAAACAAAGUGUGCUUUAAUGAGGCUAUCCUAUCCACAGGCCUCAGUGUAUGGUGGCUUUAGCCUUGCUAAAGAACCCUUUAGGGUUCUCUGGGAAGUUUCAGAUUUGGCAAGAUAGCAGCACAGUGAUGACAAAAGGCAAAGUCAGUCUGUACAGAAAGGAGGUCAUUCCUGGCUACAAGAUCCUGUAGGCUUCGCAACAACUAAAGGCCCUCUCAUUUCUCUAGUGUCAACCAUGGAGUUAUUUGCCAAGCUGCAAAGGAUGCUGGACUGUGGCAGUGGGUUGUUAUUGCCAUUCCGUUUUGUGGUGGCCUGGACUGCCGUCUUGGUGCACCUGAACUUUGCUAGGCCUGGUUUUCACAGAGGCGGCGGCCAUGUAGAAGAAAGGGAUAGUGAAUAUUAAGGUGACUAAGCGUCACCUCAGUAGAGCCAGUCUUUUUCUUUGGGCUUAUAUUAGCAGGCUGCUCAUUGUACCAGAGGACGCAUAGAGGAAAAUUUAAUUUCAAAUAGUCACUGUAUAUUCACAUACUUCCCCCAAACUUAGGUGUUCCCGAUAGAUCCUAAUUAGCUUUCUACUGUGAGAUUUAUGCACAAAGUGAAUAUUUAGUUAAUAGAGUUUAUGACUUAGCUUCAGAAUAGGCUUUCCUUUUUAUUUCUUCUUACAAGCAUUCAGAGCUAAUAAAACCUUUAUUUUUUCUCACCUGGGAAUAAUGUUGGCUCCACUUUAAAAUCUUCAAUAACCAAGUAAGAAAAAGAAAAUGAAGAAACAAUAGCCUAGAAAUAUUUGCAAGUGGAUUUAAAAGACUGAUCCAAAUUCUACCUUCAGCUCCAAAUAUGUGGCUCUCGUUUCCAUUUUUGGCUCCUCAGAAGAAUGAGGCAGAAUUCCACUGGAGAGCCAAAGUUCCACCUACACCAACUAUGAAACAAUCCCAAUCCAGAGUCUGCAUAAUUACUCAUCACUCUCUCUUUUCACUGUGUUGUUAAGAGUUUUAGUUUAGAGUCUGAGAUAAUCUCCAUUCUUGUCACUAUUUCUUACCAUGUAAAGAUAUUGGCAAUGUCUCUUCUGUACAUAUUUAUUUAUUUGUGUUCAUGUCAGUUUGUUUCAAAUCUUAGUUUUCUACCACCUAGCUUUACUGUUUUAGCUAAUCUUCUACUAGAGAGACUAUUUUUUUUUCAAAAAAGUUGUGAAAUAGUUUUCUGUAGCAAUAUCUUUAAAUAUGAUGGAUAAGAGUAACUGUGAGGGCAAACCAGAGUUGGUAGUGAAAAACUACUAAAGCUGAUUUGCCAUUUUACUGAAAUGGAAAAUGAUUUUUCAAAUAAAUACUUAUAUUGUUCAUGUUCCAAAUUAUUCAGUUCCUUUAUGAGGGAAUGUUUCUAUUUCUGACUCUUAAAUAGGAAGGAAAAAAAUUAUUUGACAGCUGGAAAAUAAGCCUGCCACCAAUAAAGGCAAUGACAUGGGGUGAUUUUGCCAAAACACUAGGAAUGAAUAUAUGACAGAGGUCCAGGUCCUGGGAUUAAUGAACUCUGACGUUAGAAUUUCUUAGAAUAGCUAAUGGAUGCAAAGCUGGGUUGUUUUUGUGUGUCAGCUUCAACAUAACUUAGGCUUUAGGCUUUUUACUUUGUUUUGAAGCAAAGUCUAAAUCAUCCCCAAACAAAAAACAAAAAUGAAAAUAAAUAAAGAAACAUAGUAGUGUUAUUUGAAAUCUGGGCCCGGGGUAUCUUUCUCACAUUUAAAGUGGCCAUUUUCAUUUGGAGGCUUGGAAAGCGACCAGUCUUGUUAACUCUACUUGCAUGGUCAGAACAGAGGUGCCUUGCUCCCCUUUUUCCUCUGGUAACCUAGAAUCGUUUCUUUCUGCAGAGCCAAGGCCAGUUUGGCUCAAGGUUUUCCUCAGCAUAGUGUAUGCCCAGCACUAAGCUGCGAGCCUCUUUUGGCAGGUCACUGCAAAAGCCCAUCUCCUGAGCCAAAGUUCACAACUCCCGGCCAAGUCAUGUUAAGAAAACGGUUGUUGCUCAAGGGCCAUCUGCAAACCUGGGUGAUCAGGUCACAUCUGAAAGCAUGGGCGAGCAGCAAUGGAGCUAACAGGAAACUCUUGUUCCAUUUCUCCGCCACUCCAUGUUUAUUGCAGUUUUGAAGUUUGUAUGGGUUUGGCUUUGUAAAUUCAGUGCCUUGGUUGGUCAGGCUUCGGACUUUGCAUUUAAAUUAUGUGCCUCUGUUUUAUAUCUGAAGCUAAGCUCAUCUUCAUUCCUUAUGAAUACCCCAGUACUUCUCACUUCUUUUUCAUUCCACCUCUCUCUCUUCUUCACUUCAAAGGAAAAAAUGAUUUGUGUUAGACUUUUCUUUUUCUGCCUCCCUCAA